AUGAAACAACAUAUACUGGGAGGUAGCAUGCUGAGAUAUGUAAUUAUAUUCGCUCUCCUGUGUCUACUGCAAAUCGCCACAGCGGAGUACAUUCCACCAGGGCCAAAGUAUACAUGUCCGGAAAAGGCGAAAUUGCUGUACCCCUGCGUUUGCACACGUGGAACAGACGAUGGCAUCUACGUUGACUGCGAGAACUCCAAUCUGGCCAGCUUGUCGGUGGCUUUCAUCAACCUAGCCAGCCUGAACGUGCCGGUAGAGGAGUUGCACAUAAAACGCUGCAAAAUACAGAACCUCUUUGGAACUUUACUGCACAAGCUUAGCGUGAAGCGGCUGUACCUCCACGAUACACCCAUAGCCACUAUCAGUGACCAUGUAUUCUACGGCAUCAACGAUACAUUGCUGGAAUUGCAUCUGAUGCGAAGCGAGCUGACUGCUUUCCCGGCCGAUGCACUAAAAGUAUUGGGUCUACUCAAGGUACUCAACGUUGAUGGACACAGGAUUGAAAACUUACCGAAAGGCGUCUUCGCCGGCAUGUCAUUCGACGGUUCAUUGGAGAAGUUUCACUUCGUCAAUGGACUACUGACCGAUAUAGGAGCGGAUGUUUUUAUGUCGUUUAAAAAGAUCAAAACUUUAGAUAUUCACGGCAAUCAGUUGGUGACUUUGAAGAAAGGACAAUUCAAAGGUCUCCGAGAAGCAGAGAUUUUGGAUCUCAGCUACAAUAAUCUGACGAAGCUGGAUGCUUCCCAUGUAUCGGAUUUGACUAAAAUGACGUGGAUCAACGUAUCACAUAAUGCCCUUUCGGAGAUUACGAGAGGAACCUUCGCCCGUAAUGCUGUAUUGAGAGUUCUAAAUAUGGCACACAAUAACAUAAAGAAAAUUGAUGCCAACACGUUCCGUGGAAUGAGGUUCUUAAGAAGGUUAUACCUAAAUGACAACAUGAUUAGUGAUGUUGGACGGGGGACCUUCGGUUCAGUGACUAGAAUCGGUACUAUCGAUCUGGCUCGAAACCGAAUCAAGAAAGUAGACUAUCAGAUGUUUUCCCAGCUGAACUAUGUUGAGAUCCUAAAUAUAGCUGAAAAUGAAAUAACAGAAAUACAAAAGGAUGCAUUCAAAGAUCUCUAUCUAACGCACAUAAACAUUUCCCACAAUCGAUUGGAAACCAUCGAACCGAAAUCGUUCAUCAACUGUGCCAAUAUGACGGUUCUUGACUUGUCCCAUAAUCUAAUCAAAAGCAUCCCACGUACAGCAUUCGACGAAACGACGUACGCUUCCGAGUGGCUUCUUACGCACAAUCUACUGACCAACAUGAGCCAAAUUCCAUUGGCUAACAUGACUGGUCUAAGGGUGCUCAACGUUUCCUAUAAUAACAUAGUGGAGAUACCGAAAAACACGUUUCCUAAACUCUACGAACUGCAUACGAUCGAUGCGUCGCACAACAACAUCUCAUUUAUUUACAAUGCCGUAUUUCAAAAUUUGUUCUCGCUGAGGAUUUUAAAUCUGAGCAACAAUGCAAUGGAGAAAAUCGGCCCUUCCACCUUUGGAACCCUACCAACCCUGCUCGAGAUGGAUCUGAGCCACAACUCUUUGAAGGACAUCACCCGGGGAGCGUUAGCUAAAACCAGCGGACUUCGUUUUCUAACGAUGACUCACAACAAACUGGAACGAAUUUUCCAGAUUCCAAUUUCGUUGAACCAUUUAAAUUUGGCUCAUAAUGAAAUUAGUGAAAUUCCGGACAAAACUUGGCCUACAAUGAAUGCGCUGCUUUCAAUAGACCUAAGCUACAAUAAGCUGCAGAACAAUCUAGAACGAGGUAGCUUCGCUGGCUUAUUAACUUUGCAAAAAUUGAACCUGGAGGCUAAUGAAAUCUCAGAAAUACCCCGUGAUAGUUUAGGGGAUCUCGGAACGCUACAAUAUUUGCUUCUGAAGGAUAAUAAUAUUACCAGUCUGCCGAAGGCAGCAUUAGGCAAUCUUCCAAUUCUUUUCGAGUUACAAAUAAUGAAUAACGGAUUGAAUAGUAUUAGCGCUAAGGCAUUCGACGGACUUCUGCAGCUACUAACACUGAACAUGUCCAACAAUCUGUUGAGUUCGAUUCCAAAUGACGCUUUACUAGGGCUGGUAUCCCUCAGGAAACUGGAUUUAUCACAUAACAUGCUCAGCAGCUUGGACAACAAAACCAACGGAGUGCUGGACAACUGUCUCAGCUUGGAGGAAAUCAAUCUCAGCCAUAAUCGGUUCAGUUUCCUCACCAAGAAGACGUUCCCCUCCGAUCCGUACAUUCCGUAUCGAUUGCGCAGUGUUGAUCUCAGUUACAAUACUAUGGCAAUCAUUACGCAUGAUCUGAAAUUUGGCAUGAAAACCGUUACGGAUCUUAACCUUUCCCACAACAAUAUCAAGGAUAUUCGGCGAGGUGUGCUGGGAAAUCUAACUUCCCUCCAAACGUUGGAUUUGUCUUACAACGAAGUAAUCAAACUGGAAAACGAUGUGUUCAAUAUGGCUGAAAACUUUUCCAAACUGGUGCUACAUCACAACCGUAUCUGGAACGUAUCGUACGACAGUUUGCUCAAGCUUAAGCACUUGACUCUACUGGAUCUGCGGGCUAAUCAGAUUCCUAGGUUCGAAACCGAACUAGUUAGCAGAAUGAAAUCAACUAACCUGACUGUGUUGUUUGAGGACAACCCGUUGCUGUGCGAUUGCUACAUCAGACCAUUGUAUAACUACCUGAAAAGACUACCCUCGAUUCCCGAAAUUUAUCAACAAAUUCGCUGCUCUGAGCCUACCGCAACUGCUGGACAGCAUCUGUACACUGUAGCUGAUGAGCUUCUCUCCUGCGUUCCAGCAUCGGAUAAAGAUAUCUACAAACAUCUUCCGGAACUGCGAUUCCGUGAAGUGUCCUACUUCCGGGGUCAACUGAUUGUUCACUGGUACGUCACCUCAACCAACGACAUUGGGGACUUUUACGUGUAUGUUCGCGACCAGCAGAACAACAUCAUUUACGAACGGGUCGUAUCCUACAGUAGUCGUCUCGCAACCAUCAACGGACGGGACAUCGCUGGAAACGGGCUGUCCUCGCUGGAGCUGUGCGUCCUGGCCAAGAGCAGCAACGAAGAGAUUAACUUUCUCGAUUCGCAAUGCGUUCAGCUACCGGAGGAUUUCGAAGCUGUCAAGCUGAAGUACAACGAGAACUACAACUACAAACUGGCGCUUAGUUUGACGGGCGGUCGAAACGGACGGUCUAGUAGCUGUGAUAAUGCUGUAAAUAGUAUAAUUUUGCUAAUAAGUGUAUUCGUUGGAAGAAUGUUAUCGAGUUAUUAUUGUUCGAGCAGUUAG